AAUGUGGAGCGUGUGCAGCGCGCGCCCAUAGCUCCAGCGGCGACGGCAGCUGCUCUCCGGAACGAGCCGCUGGUUCUCGCCGCGGCCCGAAAUACACACACGUACGUUGUCACACACAAUUACAAUGCCAGAUAUCCCAUUGAUUUAGCUUGCGGUGCAUGCUAUUUGUACACAGUGCAGUCAGGAUGUAGGCUUUAACCAUGGCCGCCGACCUACUCGAAAACUUCCAAUAUGGUCUGUCGAGUAGCGGUCUUUCUGGGGCAGACAAGACCGUCCUCCUCCUUAAACUUACAGACCCAUCCCUGAAAUGCAUCGAACAGUACCAAAAACUUAAGAAGUAUUCAACUACCUGUAGUAAGAGACCCAGCAUUCAAUUCAAAGGCAACAGCGGUGUGAUUACAUUCCCCAGUAGAGAGGCCAAAGAUGGUGAGAGGGAAUUCAAAUUUACAGUUCAGCCGUUGCAGGCCCCUCAGACCAGCAGCUUUGAAAGCAUUCAGCACUAUCGCAACAGUCGAGGAGAGCACAAGCUUGACUCACUGGGUAGUAUCCAUACCAGGGUGACGGUGAGUGGAACGGACGAUGUCUACCAAACCACUCAGAAGAAGAUGAAGCUAGCUGACGAGGAGAUGAAGAAAGUCAGCACAAAGGAAGUCAAACAGAACCAAUUCAAACCUGGCCACCGGGUCAAGCGGAAAUCCAUCUCGGCCCAUGCCAAGAAAAUCAUCUCCUCAUCCUCCAGUACCGGCAAUCCCGCAGUAUCUUCCAAUUCCACUUCGUACUCUUCCACAUUAUCCACGAGUUUCAACGCUUCCCCGAUGUCGACCACCAGCCAGUCGUCGUCAUCUUCUCGGAACUCCAACUCGACUUCGACAUCCGCUUCAUCCAAAAGUGCAAUAUCCGCCAGUAGAAGCAGCGGUGCCAAAACCAGUGGUGCUAGUGUCAAGGGAAGCGGGGGCUCCUCGUCUACACAAAAAUCAGCAGUACAUAAUCGGUCCUACAGGGAGCGAGUGAUCCAUUUAUUAGCCCUAAGAGCAUACAAGAAGCCUGAGCUGCUCUUGAGACUCCAAAAAGAUGGCAUUCCCUCAAAAGAAAAGAACCAACUAGCCACAGUCCUCCCACAGGUAGCAACUCUUGCCAGGGAUAAUUCCUACGUACUUAACAAAAACUUGUACAAUGAAGUCAACUUAGAUUGGCCGGCAUACUCAGAGGCAGACAAGCAACUCCUUCAAAGGAAGAAAGCGGAGUGCGGGGUAAAGGACUCUCCAUCGCCCCAAUCGCAGCCCUCCCCUCACCAUACAUCAACCAACUCCGGUCUUACAACUGCUACGGGUAGCCCAAGUACUCAUGCCACCUCCAAGUCUACCCCAAGCCAUCGGAAGAAACCGGACUCUGGCACCAAGUCCUCUACUAAACGGCCACUCUUGCCAGAAGUCAAAGACUACAAGACAAAGAAGCCUCGUAUUGCCCAUGGUUCUGCAUCAAUGGGAGCAGGGCCUAAAUCUGUAGACCAGCAGCCCCAACUGAGCCCUAGCAGCGCCCUAAGCAUCACCAAGAAGGUCCCUAGCCCGAUAGGCCUCUUCAAGAAAGUGCCUAGCCCUUCCUCGACCACCAACGCCCCUCCUUCCACCACGACCACCAUCAGCAACUCACCUUCCAGCAACCAUGCGCAACAAAGUGCCUUGUCGUCACCGUCGGUCAGCACCACCCGCAAUUCCCCGGAUUGCUGCGACUCGACGGGCAAUGGCACCAACUCCAGCAUCGCCGCCGCACCUGCAGUGGUGACCGGAGGAAUCACCAAGUCUUCAAGCAGCAGCAGUAGCCGGGAUCAUAGUCGUGCUUCGGGGCGGAGUGAGAAGAGUUCGAAGACAUCGUCGGUCUCCAAGUCCGUCAAAGAGGAGAAGAGGCCGGUUGGCAAGGAGUCCCCCUCUGGAGAUGUUUCUUCCACUUCCGUUGUUCCAGAAUACCAGAUGGAGUACACGACAAUCACAACGGUUGAGCAGCGCAACAGGUAUAAGGAGGACUUCAACAGACUUUAUCCCGAGUACCGAGAGUUCCACAAGUCGAUUGAACGCAUCAAGCAGCAGUUCAAGGACCUGAGAGAUGAGCUGAAUGAGACCAAGAAAGGCAGCAAGGAAUACGAUUCUCUCCAAGACAAAGUGAUAGAGGAAUACAACAAGAUCAUUCAGGACGAGGGCUACGGGAAAAAGGAAAAACGUUGGCGGGAGCUCCAUGAUCUUCUAGGUCACAUCAAAACGCUGAUCAUGGCUUACGACACCAGCUUCAUGCAGACGGACAACUCCUAGGGAUGCUCCUGUGGAAUGAACGACCUUCAGAACAUUGCUUUUCCAGAAUGAUGCCUUUCAUUUGUGGUAAUAGGAAGGAAUAAUCAACUGCAGUAGACUUGUUCAAAUUUUAAACAGUAAAAGUGAAUGUAUGAACAAAUCCUACCCAACCUGCUCUGCAUGAGAACAAAUCGGUCCUUCAAUCUCUUAAUUGGUUUUGACAAGUAACAAGAUUUCAUUUGUGAGUGCAAUUUGAUUUGAUCAUUGAUCUGCAACAAUCCUGUCAAGAGUUUUGUAUGUUCCAGGAUGUCUAGUGUAACCUGUUCCGAGCCAGUCUGGCAUGAUCCUGUAUUCCAUGACUUGAUGCCAUUCUGGGCCCUGUUUCACAAAACUUGUCAUCAAGAAUUCGGUAACGAGCCACUGUUAACCUAGCUUCUGAAAUGAUGGCAUUUGAUUGGCUGAGAGCCAGUUUGUGAUACUUGUUACCAAUUACAUGUGUAGUGAAACACAGGCCCAGAGUUGAUUCAUUAAAAGACUAAAAUUCAUUUGAAGACAUUCAAAGAAAUAAAAUCAAUUUUGUUUUGACAUUUCAUCGGUCUAGAAUGAUUGGUCUUAGAUUUGAUUUUGCCUAUUAAUGAAUCACAUCCUGGUUUUCCUACUAAAAGGAAGUAGACCUUGAUAGCAUUUAAUGAUAAUCUUUUUUUUUUUUUUGCAGAGCAGGUCUGGAAUAUGAAGGCAAAAAUGGGAGAUCAUAUUAGUUCAUUCUCACAAUUUGUUACUGUCACUUUUCAAUUCAUUCAAUUGGUCUUUUUAUUUUUUUUUUCAACCAUUGAUGUUGGUCUUGGCUGAUUAAGUAUCUAGGGGUGGUUUCACAAAGAAUAAAAUCUGGAUUAAACUUAAAUUGUAUCUUAUACUAUUGUGUGGUAGAUCAUACGGUAAUGUAAUGGUCAGAUACGCAGAGGGCCCUUUUAUCUGUUAAAUCAUCAAUAAGAUUACACAUUGAAUGAUUAGUGUAUAAUGCCUACUAAGCUUGUUGUAUGCAAGCUAAUGGGAAGCCGAAAGUCUAACAACCUUCAUAACCGUUGCACAUGUACCUUCCAAAAUGUACCGUUGCACGGCUAAGGAUGCGACGUUACAAUAUAAUUCAAUUCAAAUAAAUGCAGGUGCAGUUCACAUUUGGCCUACUGGCUAAAUGCGCUCUGUUGCUGCAGAUGCAUGCUUGAUGCUUACAUUAAUGCUGUCCCUCAUUUUCAUAGAUUAUUGUAGGAAAAAAAUUCUUAAUUUCGCUAACUUCCAAGGCCUUUUACUAACACAUAUAGCGAAUAUUCCUGUUCAUGCAAUGGUGCGACAUUUCGCAUUCUGUGUUACGAAGACAUACUCUUUUCAACUCGGCUACGCCUCAACGAAAAGAGCAUCUUUCUUUUGUGUCGUGCAAAGUCUUGUACCAUCAGACCUGUGCCUCUUCCCUAUUUGAACACCGUGUACAUUUUAGAGUGCUCGGAAUCACUUUAAGCCACAAUUCAUUCUUUGUGAAACCACCCCCUGACUGUAAAGCAAUAGUUGCAGUGACAAAGAAUUCUCUUGAAGCUAUGGUACAUUGAAUUAAAGUUGUCAUGGUUACCAUGUCAGUGCCAUUUGAGCCAAGGAAAUCAAUUUCCCGAAUCCCAUUUUUGCCUGCAAAAUUAUGAAAUACAAACAAAGUGAUACGAUUUACUGCUAUAUAAGCCUUAUUUAUGUGUAUAGAGAAAGAGAGUAAAUUAUGAAGAAAAAAAUACCGAGUGUUUAUUGAUAUAUAUAACAGAUAACGGUCAUCAUUGUGUACUGUAUAUUGAAUUGGCUGCCCCUUUGUAUCUCAGAAUCUUUCAAGCUGUUUAUUUUUUAACCAAUAUGUGUAGAAAAAAGGCAUGGCAUUUGAUCGUGUUUAUGCUCUGAGCGAAUUCAAUGCAUUGAUGGAAUAUAGGUUAACGUAAUUUCCUUGGGCUUCUGAGGGUAUUUGUGGCAAAAUGGAAUUGUUUAACCCCAAUGUCAAAGCGGAGUGGCAAGGGAUAUUGUUCCCAACAAUCAAAAGAUUGAAAACUCUUUUGUAAUCCAAUGCUGUAUUUGUGUAGUCAGUAGAAAGUUAAGACAGGCCUAGAGCUAGAGAGACAUUAACAUAUAUAUAUCAUUUUGUAAAACGGGGUUGUCACGCCCUUCUGGCAUUUAGGAAUACAUUUCAAUUACAAUCAACCUGAUACAUGUAGUAUGAUGAGUACAGUGCAUUUUGAUUAGGUUUGCCACAGCUAUUCUCAAGCUCGUCUAAAAGGAUUGAAUUCUUUCAGCAGUAACAUUCCAUAUUGCCAGGGGAUGGAUUCAUUUCUUUGAAUAGUGUCAUGUUUAUUUGACCCUGUUUGGGAAGUUUGGAAUAUGUGAAUCCCUCAGGGUCUCUUUUAUUUAAUGAGAAAUUGAGCUCGUGCCAUUGUUUGUUUGGGAGACUCAAUCCAGCAGUAUUAUUUCAUUGAACAGCUUGGAGGAUUCUGAAAAGAGAGAAAAAUAAAACCCUUGCCUGUCAGAUACUUAAAGCCCUCCAUGAAUAGUGACCCUCUUGCACCCCUCGGGGAGUGAGUGGAAGAAUCCUAAUAUGUACACAUGCAUUGAUAUUCCACAAGGCAUAUUGGGAAUGUUCCACUCCAGGUCAGGGGGUUGACUGAACAAAUUAUUUAGGAGGGAUGAUGUAGUGAUAUACAUGUACCGCUGUACAAGUCUUAUAGAGGUAUAUCAUGAACUUCCAUUCAAUCAUUUGUUAGGAAUUUAAGUAAUCCCGAACAAAAUUUGAAUUCGGAAUGAUUUCAAUGAAGUUAUCUAAACUGCUUUUGUUUUUGAAUUAAAGAAAAACCAUUUAAUUGUCUUGAUAAUAAUGAUUUUAAUGACCUCUCAUCUUACCCCACCGGUGACCCCUUCAUAAGUCCAUUCAUAGACAGCAUGCUGUUGACAUUCCUUACAUUCCAGAGCACCGUGUCCAUUACCCUUAGGAGUGUACAUUGCCAGACUACACAAAUGUUCUUGUAUAGUAGUCUUAGUCAAUCAGCCCCAGUACUGUACCUGACAUGCCUUCUUAUGGGAGAAGACAGUUUAAUAGUCUAUCAGCAUGAAAGUUGAGGAAGGAAAAGAGAUGCCCAUAUUGGAUCUGUCUAAAGAACUAGUUGCGUGAUUUGGCGACCGACUGAUCACGGUGUCCUUAUUUGUUUUAGCGUAAGCCAAGUGCCAGACUGUUGGAACACUGUGACAACCGCUUGGCACAUGUAACUCGAUUCAUGAUGGUAGUAUAUGGUAGAGCAGACAUUUCUGGGUAUCACUUACUUGAAAGGUCUGGUGAUGGAGACUACAUUUACUGACAUCGUUCUCCAUGUGGUCAUAGAGUAUGCUGAAUCGGAGGCAAGCGUUGCCUUUCUCUCUCUCUCUCUCUUUUCCUGUCCUCUCUGCCCUUCCCCUAUCCUCCCAAUCAGCGGUUCACAUCGUUGUUGAUGUACGGUUAUAGACCUCGAUAAGAAGCCCUUGUUAUGGUAAUAGCUCUGCAUUCCAGCAAGGGGGUAUCCCCUUCCUAUUAAAAGUGGAACAGCUGAUUGGAGCUGAGAGGUUGAUAUCGGAAUGAAGGCCUUGGGCCGGCCCAGCCAGCUGAUUGAUCCUGCUCAGUUUAGUCUUGUGCUGCCACGUGACAUGUCACGCUGUUUUUUCCUUCACCUUCAAGCACUUUCUCCCUCUCCUUGUCUCUUCAUUCUCUCUGUCUACAUGUACCUGUUCUUCUUUCAGCUCUAGCUGUGUGUAGCCAUACAUUCCAAUGAGUGGAUAGUGCAUAUUAAAUUAGUCAUCAUUACAACCCCCCCUUCCCAGCAAAACUACCAAAACAUAUGUUCAGAAUAAUGUACGUGUUGCUUGAUAUUCAGGUGUCUUUCCCUUGUUUGGUUCCUGAUAUGUCACCUAGGAGUAUACAUGUACUUUGGAAGAUGCAUCAUCCUUGUGAACAAACACCUGCCCCCUUUCAGUAUAAUUCAUACCCCUGAAUUCUUUCUCCAAUAGAUGUCUUUACGCCUAUGCCCCUCCCCUUUAGUAUUGCUCCUCCCCCUUCAAGGUCGUCUUCUAGUUUCGGGAAUUUUCCCUUUACCUGUUUGAAGGCUAAUUGGGUCAGUGGAAGGUUUAAUUGGGUUAAUUACAACACGUGCUUGAACACGUUUGUGCAUCAUUUGAAUUGGCCAUGGUGAUGGGCAGUGAAAUAGGAUGUUCUUAUGCAGCCGUCCAUGCCCUCUUGAUAUACUGAAAUACACAAACCUUGUAGAGAUGAUACUGUGACAUGGCAGACUGUUGCUUCUAAAAAUAUCUUCUUUCAUCCCCCUCCCUACCCCCCCGCCCCUGCGCAUAUUGUCUUGGUUGCUUCUUGUAGAUGUGAAUGGAUCAUCCAAGUAUGGUCUUGCUCCUCUAAACGAUGUCAUCCUGAUAUUUUCCAAGCUUUUCUUCGUUUCCACGAAGUAAGCAUUGGCAGCAAUCCUCUUGUCAUUAAUUUGGUCAUGGAUGCUCGUAGACCAUGAUCCAAGAGACACAUUACUCGUGUCAAGAUGUGUAUAAUCGUGCUCAUUGUGAGUGCUUCUUACCACAUUUCGUCUGGGUACAGUAGCACAAAUGUGAAUCGCAUGGCAAGCUUAAUGAAAGGAUUCCUUUCUUUCAGAUCUAUGUGAAAUAACCCUACCCCCCCCUCUUUAGUAAUAAAUUGUUUCUUAAAAAUGAUAUCACAUGUACAAGUUUGAGUAUCUGACAGGCAAUGGUUUUUUGUUUUUUUAAGUAUUCUUAUUUUGUGCUGAAUAUAAUGUGAACCAUAAUGGACAAUGUUUUCAUGACCAUGGACUACGGACAAUGUGUAUAUUGGCCCUGAGGGCCACUUUUCGAAUAAUUCUUUUCUUUUUCUUUCUGAAAUUGAUUGAACAUCUGUCGAUGUUCUCUAAUUAUUGGCUAAUCUUCUUGUCAUCAUCAUCUUUCCUCCUUGGUGAGAGUGCCUAUGAUAUAAUCACUGCAUGCCUAACUUUUAUGCUAAAUGUAUCAAUUUUAUUUUAUUUUUUGUAUAUUUAAAAUCCUUUCCCCACCCGUACUCGCGAUAAGAAGUGCCGAAAAAUUGAGAAAAAUGUAUCCAUGCUGCCUGAACCGUAUGCCUCUUUGUAAACCCUGCCCCCAUUUCACAUUUUGAUAUUGCCUGUACCUUUUGAUAUGUUCUAAUUGUUAAAACACCAUUAU